CGUGGAGGGGGUUUAAUUCUUAAAAGAACUGCGCAGCAUCACCAUUAUUAUCUGCGUACAGCAUCCCAGACAGGUGAAGAAAGUUAAGACUAUAACAUAAAGACACACCUUGCAUAACUGAGAAGAAUUAAACAGGCUAGGUUUAAAACUGUCACAAUGACGCAGGGAAAGGUUUCAGUAACAAGUAAGUCAAACAAUGACUCAGACAGUCAUACCCAGGCCCCGGCUCCUCCAUCGUAUAAUGAGGCUGUUGCUGGUGAAAGCCCUUGUUAUAGUGGAUCAUAUUCUGGUGAUGGAGAGAUGCUCACAGAAUUCACCUGGGAUGACCAAAAUAUCAGGAGGAUAUUUAUCCGCAAGGUGUACACCAUCCUGAUGGUGCAGCUUUCUAUCACAGUUGCUUUUGUGGCGCUUUUUGUUUUCUGUGAACCAGUGAAAUUUUACAUUCAGACCAACCCAGGCUGGUACUGGGCAUCAUAUGCAGUGUUUUUUGUCACAUAUCUCACCCUGUCCUGCUGCCGUGGCCCUCGGAGGCAGUUUCCAUGGAACCUGAUUCUGCUCAUAAUCUUUACUCUGUCACUUUCAUACAUGACAGGGAUGUUGUCCAGCUACUACAACACUAAAUCUGUCAUCAUCUGCCUGGGUAUUACAGCCUUGGUGUGUCUCAUCAUUACUAUUUUUAGCUUCCAAACAAAGUUUGACAUUACUUCCUACCAAGGCGUUCUGUUAGUUUUCUGUGCAACGUUGUGCAUUUGUGGACUUGUCCUGGCCUGCGUAUUGCCCUUUGGAUAUGUUCCAUGGUUGCAGGUUGUGUAUGCUGCUUUGGGAGCUAUACUGUUCUGCAUGUUCCUGGCAUUUGACACACAGAUGUUGAUGGGAAGCAAGCGGUAUACCAUAAGUCCAGAGGAGUACAUCUUUGCCACCCUAAGCUUAUACCUAGACAUUGUUUACAUCUUUUCCUUCUUUCUCCAGUUAUUUGGAACUCCCGAACGAGCAUAAAAUUUAUUAAAGUUCUUGGAGAUUUCUUGAUGUGCACAGGCCCAUGAAUUUCAAUCGAUUUUUUUUGUCUGAGCAAUCCGGUCUUCUCCAGCCUGAUAUGGAUUUACCGUUCCCCAUUGUUGUGUUUCAAACUAACCCCAACUUCUCUCCGGCUACAAUGUGGCACACUUUCGUCGUUAGAAUUAGGGAGGUCUUCAAUUGCAUAUACUGUGCAAACAUAUGUGCUCUCAUUGGUUGAAUUUUGACAACAUCCAUGUAGUUGUAAAAAUCAGUGUUAUUAGAUGCACUGUCAACAUCUCAGCGUAGGCUGUCACAAGCACUUCAGUACUGCUGAAGGAUCUCAUUUGCAAUAAAAGUGUAUUUAGCUUUUGCAUGAAAGUGAAUAUUUUUGCUAGAUAAUGUGCACAAAAAGCAUAUGUUAAAGCUGCUUUAAAGAAUGAGUUUAUCCAUAGAAUAUGUCAACUGUUUUCCUGUUUGUCCCUUCAAAUGUUUAUUUUAAUUGAUGUAUCUGCAUGAGGACAUUGAAAGAAAUCAUGAAAAAUGAUGGAGAUAUUGUGCUUAAUAUUUCAUAUCACAGUCUUAUUUAGUUUUUUAUGAUUGGCUGACAUGCAAAUUUGCAUUUACAUUAUAUACGUUUUCGUAUAUGACAUUUUUUGAAUUUCAUUUAAAAUGUUCACUGACAUUUUAAAGUCACUGUUUAUAUUUGUUGUUAUGUUUCUAUCACAUCCAAAACCUUUUUUUUCCAUUCUAGAGAGUUCUUAUGUACUAUCAUAGCUCACAUUUAUAUUUUUGAAGAAUAUGGGGCUGUGAAUAAUUUAGGAAGUGAACGCAGUUUACUUCAAGAAAUAUGUUUGAAAUGCAGUGCUAAAUUUAAGAUUUAAAUAUUGGUUACUGCAGUAAAAACUGUGUUGUCUAUCCCGUUGUUUUGAUUGUGAAUAUCAAGUAAAAUAAUGUGUUUGAAAAAAAAACGUGACGUAUUUUCUCUUGAACAAAAAUAAAGAAUUCCAUUUACUUUUUGA